AUGAACACGUGCAAGGGGCAGGAAUUGUACAAAGAUCCUGAACUUCGCAACCGGACUAUUCCGGAGUACCGAAAUCCUGAACGGGUUCGGGACGCCGCAGCGCGUACUAUUCGGCGAGAAGACACCGAGGAGCGGCGACAAGAGCAGGUGCAAAAUACUGCUGACCAUGCCACUCGGAGGAACAAUCCCGAAUUUCGAAUUUCAGAGCGGAUUCGGGACGCCGCAGCACGAGCUGCUCAUCGCGAGGACCCAGAGGAACGUGCAAGGGAACAGGAAAGGAACACUGGAGAGCACCGACAGCGACGAAGGGAUAUGGAAGACAGGCAGCGAGAACGGGAAAGGGACGCCGAUAACAGGAGAGCAACCAGGAGAAAUCCCAUCGCUAGAUCACAGGAGCAACGGAUAAACACAUCACAACGCCGGGAAACACGACAACAGCGGAGGAUUCGGGAAGAACAAAUUCGGCAAAUGGCAGAGGAUCGAUUAUUAAACUUUAGGAUGGACUCACAAAAUCGACUGGAUGCCUCCCAAAGGCAGUCGCAAAGAAACAUGGACGCAAGAGCUCAACUUUCGGAGGAUGAACUGGCACGGGAACGAGGACAACAGCGAAAUAGGAUUCGAUCAUCAGCGAGGGAUCUGUACCACAGGAACAUUAAGGAAGGCCCAACGGCUAUUUGUAUUUGCUGUGGAGGAACAUGGUUCCGUUCGCAGUACCGAAAUCCUGAACGGGUACGGGACGCCGCAGCGCGUGCUAUUCGUCGAGAGGUCACUGAGGAGCGGCGACAAGAGCAGGUGCAAAAUACUGCUGACCAUGCCUCUCGGAGGAACAAUCCCGAAUAUCGAAUUUCAGAGCGAAUUCGGGACGCCGCAGCACGAGCUGCUCAUCGCGAGGACCCAGAGGAACGUGCAAGGGAACAGGAAAGGAACACUGGAGAGCACCGACAGCGACGAAGGGAUGUGGAAGACAGGCAGCGAGAACGGGAAAGGGACGCCGAUAACAGGAGAGCAACCAGGAGAAAUCCCAUCGCUAGAUCACAGGAGCAACGGAUAAACACAUCACAACGCCGGGAAACACGACAACAGCGGAGGAUUCGGGAAGAACAAAUUCGGCAAAUGGCAGAGGAUCGAUUAUUAAACUUUAGGAUGGACUCACAAAAUCGACUUGAUGCCUCCCAAAGGCAGUCGCCAAGAAACAUGGACGCAAGAGCUCAACUUUCGGAGGAUGAACUGGAACAGGAACGAGGACAACAUCGAAAUAGGAUUCGAUCAUCAGCGAGGGAUCUGUACCACAGGAACAUUAAGGAAGGCCCAACGGCUGUUUGUAUUUGCUGUGGAGGAACAUGGUUCCGUUCGCAGCGGCACAGCGUCAACCUCCUACCGACGGCUUUGGUGCGUUUAGAGACCGGGAGUCGGGUCUUCGACACUGCGGCGCUUAUUGACCCGUGCACGCCUAUGAGCUGCAUCGACGCUUCGCUAGCGUCGAGUUUCCGCUUGCCGACCACCAACCUGAGCGACGCUGUAAGGACCCACUUCCGGGACAUUACGCUGGCUGAUGAGCGGUUCUAUCUCCCCGCGACAAUCUCCAUCAUCCUGGGCGCGGAUAUGUAUCCGAACGUGAUGCGGCCGGGAUUCCUGAAACUUCAAGAUGGACUGCCAGUAGCCCAGAGCACCGUGUUUGGGUGGGUCGUGUCCGGAGCCUGCCACCAGCCGUGA